CCGUGCCUCUGCUGAGACAUUGGCUGAACCAUUGUGCUGGGUAUAUCCCCGAGGCACUACUGACGGCUGCACGCAGCACUAAACGUGCGCCUACAGCGCGCCUGUAGAACACAACAGCAUCCGUGCGAGGCCCGUAGAGCCCACAUUAGUUGAUAUCAUGUCGUCCCCGGACCAGGACGAUGCUUCUCCCUCGCCGGAAUUCAGCGGUGACUACGACGAAGAUAUGGCUGCUGAACAGAACCAGAAAGAGCAGAAGGACGAGGAGCAGAAGAGUGCCAAUGGUCAGACGAGUAAGAGCAAUGCGAAGGACCCACUGAGACCGAGAAGGAAGAAGGCGAGGAGGGCCUGCUUUGCUUGUCAGCGGGCACAUCUGACGUGCGGCGACGAACGACCAUGCCUGCGAUGUGUGAAGCGCAAUCUCCAGGAUCAUUGCAUGGAUGGCGUGCGCAAGAAGGCCAAGUAUCUCCACGAUGCGCCCGACGGCGCUCUCAUGCCUGGCGUGGGCGGCCAUUAUCCCUACAUGAACGGCAACCGACCUACGCCUCUUCCCAGCCAGGACAUCCAGGCCGUUACCAUGGCCCAGCAAGGCAACCACUACGCUCAAGCACCGCAACAGGCAUUCUACCCACCCAACUCAGCCCCUGCACCACCGACAUACAACCAGCAGUCCCCCAUAUCGCCACCGUACCAACAAUCACAUCAGGGCUCCGUACCAACUGCCGCAACAACAAUACCGCAAGCACAGCCAGCGCAGAUGCAGCAGUUUAGUGGACCACUUUUCGACCCAAGUGACCCUGCCUUGUUUAACUUUGAUAUCUCCAGCCUCAACUUUGGCAACCACUAUGGAGCUUUGGAGUUCGGCAUGCUCGGUCACAUGUCGUCCGGAGCUGCCGAGACCCCACCCAACGACAAUAGCAUGAUGAACUCACAACAGCCUGUCAACAUGUACAAUCCGCAAGUACAAGGCGGCUUUGUAGACCACUCACAGCAAGCUUCGAUGAUGCCCAUGAAUCCCAACGGUCUGCCAACAGACGACUGGCAGCAAACUGGCUCUCGGAACGGCAGCUUGCAAGUCCAGACCCCACACGGCACCCCCACGACUGCAUCGAUGGACUAUAGCGGUCACCGCCAAGACAGUCUGAACGGCCCGCAUGCGUUUGCGAUAGGCCAAGGACCUGCCAGCCAUCACACAGCUAGUCCUGCAUCGACGGAUGCCCACUCGACAUAUGAAGCCGACAACCCAUUGGCAACAGUUGCGUUCUUCGCUAACCCACAUCAAUCGCAACCCCAGCGAUCACCGACUGUCAGCCGGCGGCAACAGGAGAACCGCCCACCCAAUAACGCGCUACAACCUAUACACUCUAAUGGAAUUCGAAAGCGCCACCGAGAUACGAAGAGCAUCUACCAAGGCGUUACCAAACCGCACGACUACGUCAAGGGCUACCACAAGCUCUUCCAGCUCAUCCUAACCAAAUACUCGCGCCCCUGGGCCGCCAAAGCGCAAGAAUACGUGCAGAACUUCCGCGGCGUGCUCGUCGACGUGCAUUCUAAACUCGAAAAAGAAGAUCUGAUCCACCAGGAAAAAGGCUUGCAGCGCCAUCUUAUGACAUUGCAAGAGCACUUCGCCGAAGUUGGCACGCCGUUCAUCAUCUGCCGCCGCAGUGGCGAAAUCGUAGAUAUGAAUAAGGAAUUCACGAUUCUCACCGGCUGGAAAAGGGAGGUGCUGCUUGGUCAAGAGCCGAAUCUCACGGUGAACCAGCAUGGCAAUCGCGACCCCAAUGAGUCCGAGAUGAGCACGCAGACUAAUACUACGCCCACGCUUGCGGCGCAGCAGUCCGAAUCUGAAUCUGAGCCCCAGCCGGUGAAUAUUAUUCAGCUCAUGGAGCCCAAAUCUGCACUCCAAUACCUACAGCGGUUUUCGGAACUCGCAUACCAGGAUCCUCGCGGCUUUGCGCAUCAGAGGGUCAAUAUGCUGCGGUACCAGACGAAAGCUGAUGUAGAGAGACUGGCGGAAAGAGAGGGCAGGAGAGAGGAGAAGGAGAUUAAGAGUGAGGGCGGGCGUGCGGGCGUGCAUCAGGGUGAGAGUGCGAUGCAGAGACUGGGUGCGAAGAAUGGGAUGGUGGAUUGUAUGAUUUGGUGGCAUAUUAAGAGGGAUAUUUUUGAUAUGCCGGUGUUGGUUUGCAUGUCGGUCAUGCCGGUGCUCGAUAAAGGGCUGCACUAGAUACGCAUCGACUUUUGAUCGAGGGCGCGUCUUUAAAUCGCUGGAUCACCCACCACUAUCUGGAGCAAAGCAGCUGGAUGGCGUGAAAGUCCUCCGCCUUCAGAUAAGGCAAAUCAAGCCUCAACCAACAGAGUCUCCACUUCUGGAUCAAAUUUUAUUCUUCUUUGCACCUGGUGCAGCAUCGUUUGGGUAAUGGUUAAUGGCUUCGAAAAAGAGGGUUGUCUCACACUUGGGCGUUCAAGGAGGAAUUGUGGCAUAUCUGGGAUACCAACGGCUUUUCUUGUGCCACUAGAGA